AGCAAUUUAUACUAUUUUAAUUUAAAUUAUACACACUAAAUAAAAUGUUUACAAACGCUUUCGUGUAAAUUCAUUGUGUUUACACUGACAUGAGCACAACAACUUUAAUAACACUUCUAACAGAGAAACCAGUUAUGAUCUGUAUGUUAUCUUAUUAAGUGCCAAACUGCUUUCUCUCCUAGACUAAGUAGAUAUUCCACUCUCUUAGCACUGCCACUCGGGCUCACCACGACAUGCGUCACCAUCCACCAACUCCGAGCAUUGAAAUUCUCGCUGCUUCAUCGAUUCGCUGCUGUCGCAAUCAACCAAUUUUAGACAGUCUUUCAGCAACAUUCGCGAAGUCAAGAUCAAGUUAAAGUGGGCGCUUUUCUGUCAAGUUUUCCAAUUUAUUUCCCGCUUUAUACGUCGUUAGUGCAUUUUGGUAAUGAUCGUCGACGAGUUCGGAAAUCAAAUUUCUUGAUGUGGAAAUUCUGUCUGAGAGUCACUAAUUUUUAAUUAUUUAAUUUUGUAAUUGAUUUUAUAGUGGUUUUUACGAAAUUUGCGUCAUUUAUAACGUUGGCAUUUAGAACUGAGAAAAUUGCGAUACAUAUUUGAUAAGUGUGUUUUGUAUUAACCACUUCGAUAAGUGUGUGUGACUGAUAACGGAGAAGUUAUUGGCCAAUGCAUUAAACGAACUAAGUGCUCAUACAUACAUACAUACAUACGCCAACAUAUUUUGAUCAAUUUCAAGCGUAGAAAACAUAACACUUCAAAAGAGAGAAAAUAACACUUUUACCAAUCAACAAUUACAACAACAAUAGUAACAGCAAAAAUGUACGUGAGCCGGUUGCCGAAGUUGUCCCUUCUCGUAUUGACAUUUGCAGCCAUCCUAGACUAUGCUAAUCUGAGUCCCAUUGACGAAACUUCCCGCCGAUCGGAACUGAGCGAUCUAAAUAAAUUACCUAUAAAACGAGUUUUGGGUUUGGAGCCCAAGCCCGAAACAGCGAGUUUCAAGCAUUAUGAUGAGGACUCAAUUCGUAUAGUAACCGAUCUGAGUGAGGAUCAAAGGCUUAAGUACGAUGUAGAGGUGUUGGGGGUGCGCGAUCUUAACAAAGAGGCUGCAGAGUUAGAGGAGCGUUUCAGGGGGCCAGCUAUCAAAAUGGACACGGAUAAUUUCGUUUCGGAAAAUAUAGAAGUGAAUGCGGAGGAUGCUGGUGCCAAUCUUAAAGUUCAAGUCGCAAAUUCCAAUGGCACCGAUAGUGGUGCUGUUGCUGAUAAUGACCUUGACGAUGAUGAUGAUGAUGAUAAUAAAAGCGACGCUAAGCACAAUCACAUGAUACUCACGAUGGUGCUGGUGUUCGCGGCGCUAUUUUCGAUAUCUCUAUACGUGGCGCUUGUCGUCUGGCGCUCAUACCUUGAGCGACGCUAUGCGAUGCGCGAGUUGCUUCUCAACGACGAUGAUGACUUCUAUCUGCCAAGUAGUGAGACUACAGGCCGCCGUUGGUGAUUUGGAAAAACUCAUUCGUUUACUGAUUCGUGGACUUAAUUUUAAUUUCAACAAACUGUACAAAGGAAUUGUCAUCGUCAGGCAUUUCGCGCUACAGUGCGAGGUCUUCACUUAUUGUAGUUCGUAGCUAAUUGCCAUUAAUUUCAUUUAAUUUAAUUCAACGCAAGUUUUCACCGCAACUCUACUCUAUGAUACACAUAUGUACAUACAUACAUACCUAUGUAUGUUCCAUGUAUAUAUUUAUUUGAAUGUUAAUUGUUUAAGACGCUGCGAAAUGAAAUGCGGUGUGCGCGGCUGCAACAACAAGUCACACAACCGAACCCAGAUUGCCUUCCUCGCUGGGAUCGUGUGAGUGUCGUGACGAAAACAAAGUAGAACUGUUGUAAAAGUGCGGAGGAGGAAAAGUGGAUGGGAGGAAGUCGGGGAUACAAAACGUUGCUUAAUCUGACAAUUUUUAUUUAUUGACAAAUUUUAUGCGGGACUUUCCUAUAACUAGUCACUUUUCCGUUGUAAAUAUUAUGAUCAUUAUAAGCAUCGAUGAAUAUUGGUGCAAUGUUAUGUGUCAAGUUGAGCAUUUUACUUUCAAUUCAUGGCAGGCGGCAAUUAAUUUAGUAGUAUUAGUUUGCACGUAUAAGUAAUAUGUGGUAUUUUAAGUAUUUUUUACGAAAUCAGUUCAAUCGCAGUGCUAAAUAUUUAGUAUCAUCAAACAUAUUAAUGAAUGUAUGGGUAUUCUAUUUACAUUUGUACAUGUGUAUUUUAUAAAAGUGAACUUAAUUGAAAGUAAUUGUUAAGCUGUGAUAUUGAUUUAGAAUUAGUAAGAUUUCUCAUUUUUCCAUGUCACAAAUUGUUUUCAAUUCCACAAAUGAUAGUUAUAAUGAAUUCUAAUAAGAUUUCAUAGAAAUCACUAAA